AUGGGAAUUAAAGCAAAAGGCAAGUACGGUUUAAACAAAGCAAGGAAACGAAAGUUGGGGGAUUCUCCUGUUGUGCCAAAGAAGCUGUCAAAGAAAAGACAACUGGAACCUGAUGGUAGCUCUUAUAGUCGUUUCCGAGAAAAACUAACAGACCUAAUUGCUCUUCCAGAUGACAAGGUUGAGGACAUUCAAGAGCACAAAGCACAGCUUGCUGCAUUAGCCGAGAAGGACCCAAAAUUUUAUAAAUUUUUGCAAGAAGAAGAGGCGGAUUUGCUCGAGUUUGAUGGAUUUGAGUCUGAAAGUUCGGAAGGAGCCCACGAGACGCCAAAUAGACCAGAACUGGAGGAGGAGGAGGAAGAGGGAUUUGGCAAGAAGCCUGUGAAGUUUUUGGUUUCUAAAGAUGGCCAGAAAAUUGUCAGUCAGGCAGUUUCUGAGACUCUGACGGAGUCCUUUUUAUCAAAUGGUCGGUUAAACCGUGGCGAAAUUUCCUUAGCUGUGAAUUCCUUCAUCGCUUGCGUAGCUAAGGUUGGAGCUGACGUAGACUCUCCUGAGUAUGUAGUCUUUGAUGAAAGUGCAUUUGAACAGCAUGUUCGGUUCUGCUUUAAGUACCUGGCAAAAGCGCUGUACGUAGCACUAGUGCCGGUUUCGAAUGAUGACUUGAGGGCGAAAGAACUUGACGUCGACGAUGCAGGAAGUAUUGAGGGCAAUAGAAUUGGCAUGAAUGAGCAAGAUGUUCCACACUUCGCGAAAUGGAAGAAAUAUCACCCUUUAAUUAAAAAGUACCUUCAAGCUUUUAUCUUAUUCCUAAACGAGUUACAAGUCUCCGACGUGUUGCUUUCGGCUCUCCAUGCUCUGACAGAACUUGUCAGCUUGUUUUCGCUUUUCAAAAAGAUCUCAAAGAAUUUUAUAAAGAUUCUUGUACGAAUUUGGAGCAGGCGUACUGAUGAAUGCAGGCUUGUUGCUUUCAUUAUUUUGUACAAAAUGGUUGUGCAGAACAAGAAAUUAUAUACAACAAUUCUAAAAUGCUGCUACACUGCGUAUGUUUCAAAUGUACGCCGUAUUACUCCGGAAACCCUGCCUUUAAUUACUUUCAUGCAAAAGUCAUUCGCUGAACUCUGUAAUGUAUAUCCUGAUAUUGCCUAUCACUAUGCUUUUGUAUACAUCCGCCAAAUGGGGAUCCAUCUAAGGAAUGCGAUGAUUGCGAAACGAAAAGAUUUGUUACAAACCGUGUACAACUGGCAAUUUGUAAUGUGUCUUUUCAUGUGGGCACGUGUUAUCAGUAGAGCUUAUAAGGCAAGAACUACGAAUGAGCACGCCGAAGCAAUUGUAGAACUAGCUUACCCACUAACUCAAAUAUCUCUCGCGACGAUUAAAGUAUUCCCGUCGUUGAAAUAUCUUCCUUUGCGAUUGCAGUGCUUACGUGUUCUCCUUACGAUUCAAGUCAAUUGUAAAGUUUUCAUACCGACCCUUCCGCUGGCUGUCGAACUGCUUGAUGACGCUGCGUUACUUCUGCGAAAAAAGCCCACUAAAGGCAGAGGAGCAGUUAAAGCUGUCGAUUUCAAUUGCAUACUAAAAGUAAUUAUGCCGCGAUCAGUCUCAAGUGAUCAGCGAGAGGAAAUAGGCUUCCGACAAUCCGCUCUUGAAGCUCUCUUUAGGAUCCAAUUAGAGGCAGCUUAUGUUCUAAGAAACCACUGUGCCUUUCCGGAUUUGAUUCUACCCUUAAAAUCUAAGAUAAAGAACUUUAUACAGGAAUGUAGGAACGCGGAGCAAGCCCGUCUGUUUAAGUCAUUGAGUUCAAAGCUCAAUGAACACGCCGAUUACGUAGCAGACAUAGUUCAGAAAACAGAGAUUGACAUUACAAAUCGUGACUCUUUAACGGCUCUGGCUAAUGCUAUUACAUCUGAUGACUCUCCGCUUUGUAAGUUUUACAAAACGUGGCGUAACGUUUGGGAAAUCCAAAAGAGCAGUCCCACAAAGAAUCCAAAACCAAAAGUCGAGGGAAUGAAGCCCGGGGUGGUCCCAAAACCGAACAAAAAGAAAGAGCCAAAGAGGACGAAGGUCUUGAAGGACAGGGAGGAAAGGAAGUUGAAGAAGACGUUAGGAACAGGGCUUAAAGGCGAGGUGCCCGACCGUGCGUCUGCCGAGGUGGUUGACGAAUUAUGCGACCUAGACAUUUCGAACUUCGAGUGA